AUGCCGCAGAACAAUAUCACUUCUGAAUACCGGAAGUCAAAGACUCUUCUCACCAAUGUGAGAGUCUUCGACGGCCGACGUGUCCUUGAGCCUAGUACCGUCUCUAUCAAAGAUGGUCUAAUUUGCGCCGACGACACGGUACCCGACGAGAUCAUCGAUUGUGCUGGGGGAGUACUACUCCCCGGAAUGAUCGAUUCUCACGUUCACCUUCUACACGCCGACCAUCUGAAGCAGCUUUGCCAGGCGGGUGUCACUACCGCACUAGACAUGGGAUGCUGGCCCGUUGAUCGUAUCGACUCCUUACGAGGCCGCUUGGGUUUGACCGAUAUCCGAAGCGCCGGUACUGGUGCCAGCGCCCCUGGCAGCAGACACAGCAAAGUUUCAGACCGUCCUAAGGAGGCUCUAGUCGGAAACCCAGAGGACGCAGUGAGAUACGUGUCCCAAUGCAUCUCACAGGGAUCAGACUACAUCAAGAUUAUUAUUGAUGUUCCAGGAGGUCCCGACCAAGCUACGAUCAAUGCCAUUGUCGAUGCUGCACGCAGAAAUGGCAAGCUGUCUAUUGCCCACGCCACAUCUCCUGUUGCAUUUGAAAUGGCACAGAAGGCGAAGGUGGAUAUGAUAACUCACGUGCCUCUGGGUCAUGCCCUCAGUGACGCAGCUAUAAGUUGCAUGGCAAACGAGAAGCGUAUCGCGAUUCCUACAUUGACAAUGAUGAAAUCUAUCGCGGACAGUGGAAGAUUACCCCCUGGGAUGGUUUACUCAUCGGCGCACGAUUCUGUCACAGCCAUGUAUAAGGCUGGCGUAACUAUCCUCGCUGGAACAGACGCCAAUAUAGCCGAUCAUGCACCAGCCUCCGUCCUCUACGGGGUGAGUCUGCAUCAAGAGCUCGAGUUACUCGUCCAAGCAGGGUUAUCAACCGUUGAUGCAUUGAGGGCAGCCACAUCGCUACCAGCUGAGGUUUUUGGAUUGCACGAUCGUGGAUUAAUCGCACCUGGGUACAGAGCCGAUCUGGUACUGAUUGCGGAGGACCCAACAGAGGAUAUUCGCGCAACAUCCUCUGUGCAACGCGUAUGGUGUGGUGGCAUCCAGGUAUCCCUGAAGUAG